AGUGCCAGGUGGAAAUAAUAACAAUCACCUGGGGAUAAUGAGAUGUGUGUGUGUGCUCUCCCCUUUAUAGCAGUGAGGCGGGGGCGAGCGAGGGGGGAGAAGAAACGACGAGCGAGCUGAACGCCGGCCCGGUUUCUCUGAAAUCAAUAAAAUAAAAACCCUUGUAGCACACGACCCUGGCAUCGAGUCACUUUGUCCGGAGCCCGAACGACCCACACCCGUACAGUGGCGCCCAACUUGGCAGAGGAUGACGGACGAGGGGCAGCUGGGUAUGCCGACCCAGCCAGCAGUCGCGCUGGCGCAGAUGAUCGGGGAGCUGGCGGGGAUCCAAAGAGAGCAAGCGGAGGCGAACCGCCAGUUCAUGGGGGUGCUCCAGGCCCAGGUGGGGAGACAAGCCCAGGCACUGGAGCUAUUGGUGUCGCGGUCGGGACCCCCGCUACCACCACCGGGCCCGACGGCGAUGGCGGGCCUGACCCUCCACCGGAUGACGGCAGAGGACGACGCCCAGUCCUUCCUGGAGGCCUUCGAGGCGACGGCGGAGGCAUGCGGCUGGCCGGAGGAAGAGUGGCCGGUCAGGCUGGUGCCCCUCCUGACCGGGGAGGCGCAGACGGCGGCCAUGGGGCUCCCCCCGGCGGCUCGGAGAGACUAUGCGGCCGUGCGGAAGGCCGUGGUCGACCGGCUGGGGCUGCUGCCCGAGGACCACCGGCGGCGAUUCCGGGGGGCCAGGCUGGGGCCAGAGGAUCGGCCGUUCGCCUACGGGCGGCGGCUCCGGGACGCCGCCGCCAGGUGGCUCCGGCCGACGGGGGUGGAGACAGCGGCAGAAGUCCUGGAGGCGGUGGUACUGGAGCAGUUCGUGGAGGGGCUCCCGGCCCGGACGGCGGCGUGGGUCCGGUACCACCGGCCACCGACGCUGGAGGCGGCCACCACCCUGGCCGAGGACCACCUGGCGGUGCACCGCAGCGGACGGGGCGGCCGGGAGGGAGCGCUGCCUGCGACGCAACCGGCAGCAGCGCCAGCCGGAGGGAGCCCGCAGCGGACCACGGAGCGGCCCACACCGGCCCCACGUCGGCCGCCGGCAGCUGUACACCGGGACCCCCCGGCCGCAGCAAACCCCGGCACCCUUCCUGACCCAACGGGAGGUUCUCAAACGCCAGGGCAGGAGUGCUGGAAGUGCGGGCGGCUCGGCCACCUGCGGAGGGAGUGCCCGCUGAUGGAGGUGGGGCAGGUGAUCCGGGUCGCCGGCGCUCCAUCACCCUCCCCCGGCCCGGGAGCGACGUACCGCGUUCCGCAGUGAGGCGGGGGCGAGCGAGGGGGGAGAAGAAACGACGA